AUAAGGAGAGUGGACCAACAGUUGUCACAUUCGAAAUUUCCUGCUUCCUCUUCAAUACCCUUUCUGAGGCACCAGUUGAGGUUUUCAAAGUUCAACAAUGAUCAGCCAGGUACUUUUCCUUUGCCUUGUCGCCGGUUGUCUGGCCCAGUAUCCUUACAACCAGAACCAGUACGCUCCCCAAAAUUACCAACAUCAACCUCAAAACAACCAUGGUAAUAACCAACCUGCUCCAGUCCACUACGUGAACAUUGGCCAACAACUUGCAGGCGACUACAAAUUCGGAUACAACACUGGAAAAGACGGAGUCUUCAGAGAAGAAACCCGAAACCCUGACGGAUCUGUAUCAGGUGCAUACGGCUACAUCGAUGCUUCUGGCAAACAGAAGGUUAUCCGAUACACAGCCGGCAAGGAUGGAUUCAAGGCCGAAGGUGAUGACAUCCCAAAGGCACCUCCAGCACCUCAACCUGCUGCUCCCCAGCCUGCUCCCUAUCAGCCUCAGCCUGCUCCUUACCAGCCACAGCCUCAGUACCAACCACCAGCACCUCAAUACCAACCCCAGCCUCAGCCCGCUUACAACAACUACGUCCAGCCCCAGCCAACCCAAAACUACAACCAGUAUUCUCAGCCUCAGCAAAAUGGAGCCUACAACCCUUUUGCAUACCACACACCUACUCCAGGACAACCCAGCGCUCCAGUGAACCUCUUGUCCUAUAACAUCGGAGGUGCACCAAACCAGCAUUACCAAGGUUGAGAAUAAGAGAAAUUCUCGAUGUAAGGUCAUUAUCCUAGAACAUUUCAAUCACAAUAAGUUCAAAAAUGAGCAUGAAAAAUACAUGCAUUUAUUGAACGUUGUUAUUUAUAUUUACUUCAACAAAAAAAAAAUCUAUGCUGCUUUGGUCAAAUGGAUUUAUAUAGGUUGUUAUAUACAUAUACAUAAUGCAAUAGCCUCUGCAGUAUUAAGCCGCCAAAUCUGCCUGCGUUAAUCAUAGUUUUGGGUAGGUGCCGCUGGACGCACUGUCAAUGCCCUGGUAAUAAAUAGAUUCUGCUAUUCAGUUUACGCUGCGGUUUGCUUAUAUUUUAUAUGGCUCAGGUUAGGAAAAUAAUUGCCAAAUAUUGUGCCAAAUCACGAUAUAUAGCUUAAUUUGCUAUCUGUAUUUUCUUACCAAUUUCUGGUAUCGCCCGCUGUUUAUAAAAAAAAAAUUCUUUCCGAGAAUAUAUGUUUCCUUUUUUUUCAUUAUCAAAAACGUCUCAAAUGAUUUCUGAUAAUACAAAUUCAUACUGAUCUCAGAAGGGAUAUUCUUUUCCCAAUUCCACGUAUGAACAUUAAUAUCCAAAUAUUAUUUUUCAGUUUAAAUAUAAAUUUUUAAUAGGCACUUACCGGUGAAUCUGCUAUUUUCUUAUUUAGUAUUCAUCAGAAUAUAAGUAUUUAAAUAAGAUAUUACCUUCCGAAAUUUUAUAUGCUAUAUAUCAUAUGCACAUGAAAUAUAUUUAUUGUUAUUAUUGAGAAUAAUUCUACGUUUAGUGAGCAGUAUAUUAUUAUUUUUUAAUUCAAGGAAAUGACGAAUGUCUAUACAAAUGCAUUGUAUUAACUAUGCAAUCGUUAGUACAAUGCUUUUGGCCUUGCAUUUGUAUAUUGUUUAAAAUUGAUUUCUAAAACGCUUUAGCCCAUCCUCGCAUACUUGUGUUUUUGUCGCUCUUUCCCCCCUUUUAUGAUUUCAGUACAAUUCGCAAUGAUUUAUUUUAUGUUCUUUAUCUGUAGUGUCUGCAUUAUAUCACAUAAAUGAGCUUUUAAGUAUAAAUACAUUAUUGUAAAUUUAAUGCUUAUUCGAUAAAAAUUAUUCCCGCAAAAUAUUCAAACAAAUUUUUUUUUCUUCUCUCUUAAUAAAGAUAGAUAAAAUAUUUCCCUAGCUAAAUAUAUUCUAAAAACCUGAAAUAGGUAGAAAUAAAAUCCAUUUAUAAUUACUUAAAAAAUACAUUAGCUAAUUCAAACACUUAUUCAAUAUUUAGUUACGGUAAUCAUAUUUUUUUCAUUAUUUCUCUUCAAAACGCAAAUAAAUGUUUAAGCAGAAUGUUAAAAAUAAAUUUUUUUCCGAGGAAAAUCAUUCCAACGUAAGAUAUAAAUCUUCUUGAAAUGUAUUUAAUGUCACAAAAACUUGAAUCAUUUUAUGUAUUUACCGUUCUCUUCUCUUUCGCAAACAUUCCAUGUGCGGCUAAGCCUAAUUUAAUUCUAUAUUCUUCCGUUUUUCAUCAUAGAUUAUGCAGUUUCUUUGUAUUUGCACGUUUUUCAAUUUGCAUGUUAUUUGCUCAGUAUAAUUUUCCGCUCUGCUGAAUGUAUUUCUUUUUCAGUAUGUUUGUUCUUUUUCUUUUCUUUUCUUUUUCUUAUCAUCUUACUAAUUUAAUUCUUGUGUUUUGAAAUAUAAUGAUCUCAAAACUUCACCUUUUCGUGAAAACUUCGCCAUUUUCCGAACUUUUGCACUGCUUUUUCUUUAUUAUUAUUUUUUCUUUGUUAUUAUUCUUCGUAUUUGCUUUCCUUUUUAAUGUUUGACUAUUUUCUACAGCUUCCGGUAAUUUAAUAUAGUUUCAACUCAGUUCUUUUUCCCUCUAGAGUUUCUUCUAGGGAAAAUGAGGAGGGAAUUUAUAAUUCGCAACCAUUCCUAAUACUUGUACACUACAUUCAGAAAUUUAAUUUUGUGUGUUCAGUUUUUUUUUUUCUUUCCUAUCUUCGACUUCAUUCAUUUAGAUAGAGAAUAUUUUAUCUAUCUCUAGCAGAAAUUCUGUUUAGUAAACAAUUUUUUGCCUCCAUUUAAAAUUCUUUUCAAUCUGCUUUUCAAAUAGUGAUGCUGAUUAUUUUUAAAAGAAAGAUUCGCCUUCAGAAAUCUUAAUGCUUGUUUAAGCAUAUUUUCAAUUAGAAAGUCCAAUUAAGUAGGGACUGCGCCUUUAAAAUCCUAUUAGCAUCUCAAUAUGCAGGGGAAAUGCUUUAAUUCAGCUUAGUAGUGGAUAUCUUAUUUCUAUACCACCCACAUUUCAAUGAAAUUAACUUUAGAUACAUAUAUAAAUAUAAUUUUAUUAUGUUUGUGCAUCUAAAUUAAAAUGCUCGCUUUCUCUGUAUUCGAUCGUAAAAUUUAAUUCAAGGUUGUUGAAGUUUCAUCGCUUAGUCGAUGAAAAUGAAAUACUAAAUGCUGCUUUUAAAUUAUCUUUAUUGGUUGAAAUAAGACGAGUAAAAUUUUAUUAUGAAUAUUUAUAAUCAUAUAAAGAAUGCAUUAUUUUCAUUUUAGAAAAAAUUAGUCAUUUUAUUUCUGCAAAUUGCCGUAUGUCUUUAUAUACUUCUAGACUUCUGCAGUCUUAUUAAGCUUAAGUAUCUUUUUUUUUCUUAAAUAAAGCCUUCAUAUAAAUACCCAAUUUAUUUAAUUUUUAAUAUAGAUGCAUUUGUAUUGCGAAAUUUUAAUUAUUCUGAAUUUUCUGAGAGAAUAAAUUUAUUUUUCUUUAUAAAGGAAUCGAACUUUCAUUUAAAUUUUUUGGAACAAGAUUAUUUUUUAUAGUAUUUAUUUUUACACAAUCCUUCGAUUAACCGUUAUUUACAAAAAUAAUAAAAUAAUUUAAGGGAAAAAAUGUAAUAUAAAAAAGAAGGAAUUUUUAGAAAAAAAUUGUAAUGAUUUCAGUGAAAUAAGUUAUAAUGAUUUUACAAAAAUUCUUUUAUAACAUUUUAAUCCUUUAAAUGUGUUUUUUUUUUAUUUUCUCAAUAUUAAAUAAUGAUUGGGAA